CCAGGCCUCCCCGCGAUGGCUCUCCCGACACCUGCCCACGGCGCCCUCCCGGCGGAAGCCCGAGGACGAGGACGGCGAAGGAGGCUCGUUUGGACCCCGAGCCAAAGGGAGGCCCUGCGAGCCUGCUUUGAGCGGAACCCGUACCCGGGCAUCGCCACCAGGGAAGAGCUGGCCCGGGCCAUCGGCAUUCCGGAGCCAAGGGUCCAGAUUUGGUUUCAGAACGAGAGAUCGCGCCAGCUGAGGCAGCACCGGCGGGAAUCUCGGCCCUGGCCGGGCAAGCGCGGCCCGCAAGAAGGCAGGCGAAAGCGGACCGCCGUCACCCGGUCCCAGACCGCCCUGCUCCUGCGAGCCUUCCAGCAGGAUCGCUUUCCGGGCAUCGCCACCCGGGAAGAACUGGCCAGAGAGACGGGCCUCCCGGAGUCCCGGAUUCAGAUUUGGUUUCAGAACCGGAGGGCCAGGCACCCAGGCCAGGGUGGCAGGGCACCGGCGCAGGCAGGCGGGCCGUGCAACGCGGCCCCCGGCGGGUGUCCCCCCGCUCCCUCGCCGGUCGCCCUCACCCACACCGGGACGUGGGUAACGGGGCUUCCCGCACCCCACAUGCCCUGCGCGACGAGGACUCUCCCACAGGGGGCUUUCGUGAGCCAGGGAGCAGGGGCCGUCGCCCCUCUCCGGCCCAGCCAGGCUGCGCAGGCAGCAGGGUUCUCCCUUCCCCCGCCGGUAGGCGGGGAUUGGGAUUUUCCUUUCGCUGCCCUGGCUACCCCGGAAGGGGCGCUCUCCCACCCUCAGACUCCCCCGGGGUGGCUCCCGCGCCCCAGCCAGUGCCGGGGGGAUCAGGACCCGCAGCACCACAGCCUGCCGGGCCCUUGCUCGGUGGGACAGCCUGGGCCCGCUCCAGCUGAGCCGCAGGGCCAGGGUGUGCCUGCGCCGCCCACGUCCCAGGGGAGUCCGUGGGGCUGGGGCCAGGGGCCCCAGGUCGCCAGGGGGGCGUGGGAGGCCCAAGUCGGGGCAGCUCCACCUCAGGGGCCCGCGCCCCCGGAGGCCUCCGCGCCGCAGGAGCAGGUGCAAGACAUCCGGGCGUCCUCCCCGCCGCUCCGGGAGCCCGGGCGCUCGUCUGCACUCCCCUCCAGCCUGCUGGAUGAGCUCCUGGAGACCCCGGAGUUUCUGCAGCAGGCGCGGUCUUUCCUAGAAAGCGAGGCCCCGACGGAGCUGCAGGACGUGGGAGAGCCCGCUGUGCUGGAACCGCUGCUCCUCAGCGAGGAGGAAUACCGGGCUCUGCUGGAGGAGCUUUAG